AUGUCUUCGAUAAAAUCGCUUACGUCUUUCAAGCUUGACCUGCCUCCUAGUUGUAUUGAGUUCUUCCCGCUAAAUCCUCAAUAUGCGAUAGUCGGCACGUACAACCUCGAAAAACAGGAUGAGAAGGAAUCUGCGGGUAGUGCUCCGCACGAUGGAAAAGUGAGCGCCAAAAAUCAGCAGCGUAAUGGCAGUCUGAUAUUGGUACAAGUUGAUGGUGACAUCGUUAACAUCAUCCAAACCCUAUCUACGCCAUCAGCUAUCCUGGACAUCCAUUUCUUGACACAUGUUACUAGCUCCAACUUUGGUGUUGCGACAUCCACAGGGGCUUUUGCUAUCUAUGAGCUCCAGUCAUGGCAGCGAGACCCCAAGAUCGCCCACAUCAAGACCAUCCAGUACUUUCCAGAAAAUAUUCUCAUCACCGCUUUUACCUGGCACCCGGAAUCCUUCAUGGUCGGUAUGACGCUUUCGAAUGGGCAGGUGUGUCUCGGCGUAAUAGAUACGGAAGACGAAUCUGAUGCGCCGACGAAGAUGGAGGUCGCUUCACAUGACCUGGAAGCCUGGACUCUCGCUUUCCUACCAGAUGGCUCGGGCCUGCUGUCUGGCGGAGACGACAGCGCCCUUCGUUUUGCUGAGCUGUCGGAUGGCUCUGGAGGAAGCGUACCUUGGAUGGAUGGGAAGAUACAUGAUGCUGGCGUCACUGCUAUCCUCCCAGUGCAUCUUGAUAGUGAGGGUGGCUUGAUAGUGACCGGCAGCUACGACGAUCAUAUCCGGCUUCUUCAUGUACCCAUCUCUGGCCGUCGCCAGGUUCUUGCGGAAGCCAAUCUCGGUGGUGGCGUAUGGCGGCUAAAGCUGUUGGAGCGAAACCCCAAGCUGCCAGCGCAUCACGGCGUAGAGAAGUGGAGAUCAGAGCCACCGCCAGAGGCUAUCCUACUGCUUGUCAGUUGUAUGCAUGCUGGGACCAGGAUCGUAAGGCUUACCAAGAGCGCUUCCAAGGAUUGGCAAAUUGAAGUGCUGGCCAAGUUCGAGGAGCAUGAGAGCAUGAACUAUGGCAGCGACUCUCAACCAGACCUUAACAGUCAAGGCCAACGGACAUUCAUAUCUACGAGCUUCUACGAUCGUCUACUGUGUCUUUGGAGAUAUUAG